AUGUUAAACGAGGCCAAAGAAGAAUAUAGAAAAUUAGAAGAAUCUUUUGUUGAAGACUUACAAACCUUAAGACAAUCUAGAAGAACAUUGGAUAAGGUUUUAAAGGGUGAAGAUCCAAUUUUAGAAGAGAUGGAGGAAAAUGAUUCCGCCGAAUAUGAAAAAGAAUUACAACUUAGAAAACUUGAAACUUUAUUAGAAUAUCAAGCUAUUGAAAAUCAAGUUCAUAGAUACAGAGAAAUUUUAUCAAAUGCCAACGGCAAAUCGUUUCUUUCAGGUAUGAAGUCCGUACGUGAGGUUAUGAUGCAGUGGAACACUGAGUUGGAGGAAAUUAUUUCAAAAAAAUUAGAAGAAAAGAAUCCAGAGGAACCAUGGGUAAUCAUUGUUAAAAAAGUUGGUGUUCAAAAAGCAAUCAUUAAAGGUUUAAACUAUAUAAUCAAUAAAUCAGUCGUUUCCUAUGGCGAUGGUACAGUAGAUGUUUUAAGAGAUUCAAUUGGUACCUCAGUAAUUUCAGAAUACAAAUCAUUACAUAUAAAGAAAAAAGACCCAGGAUAUUAUAAAAGAGCCAAUGCUUUAGUUCCAAACUCAGCAAUUCACAGAUUCUUUAAUCAAUUAUUUGACGAUGAAGAUCCAUUUUUAGUCACAAAAAUUAAUCCAUCAGUAAUGGAAAAGAUUGGUAAUUUCUUUAUAAAUGGUAUCUUGGAAAAUUGUAAAAUUAGAGAAUCAUUAGAUGAUGAAAACUCCCCAUUGGUACCAGCAUUUAUUUCAGAAGCAAGAUAUUCAAAAAGUGUUAGAACAUUCGUUAUCAAUGCCCACGAAAAUGUUUAUAAAUUAAUUAACGAUGGUCAUUCUGCUAGAGAAGCUGGUGGUGCUCGUUUAUACCCAAUGGUUAUUAAACCAUUACCAUGGAUUUCACCAUUUGAAGGUCCAUAUCUUCAUUAUAAAGUUCCAAUUUUAAGAGCAAAUGGAAAUAAAUCACAAAUUACCUCAUUAUUAAAAAGCGAUUUAUCACAAAUUUAUAGAGCAUUAAAUGUUUUAGGUAAUACACCAUGGGUUAUCAAUAAAAAAGCAUAUGAUAUUAUUAAUGAAGCAUGGGAAGCAGGUGGUGAUAUUGCAGAUAUGCCAAGAAAAAUAAAUUAUGAAUAUCCACCAUUACCAGAAGAUGUAUUAACUUCACUUUCAUCAAGAAAAAAACACUUUUUAUUAGAAAAGAAGAUUUCAAAACUUAACAAAGAUUUACAUUCAUUACGUAGUGAUUGCAAAUAUAAAUUAGAAGUAGCUGAGAAGUUUUUAGAUCAUACAAUAUAUUUCCCACAUAAUUUAGAUUUUAGAGGAAGAUCCUACCCAAUUCCACCACAUCUCAAUCAUUUAGGUUCAGAUCUUUGUCGUUCACUUUUAAAGUUUGAAAAAUCCAAACCAUUAGGAAAGAGAGGUCUCGAUUGGUUAAAGAUUCAAAUUUCUAAUCUUUAUGGUGUCGAUAAAGUUUCACAUGCCGAUAGAAUUAAAUUUACAACAGAAAAUAUUGAAAAUAUUAUGGACUCUGCUGAUAAUCCAUUAAAGGGUAAAAGAUGGUGGUUAAACGCUGAUUACCCAUGGCAAGCAUUGGCAGCAUGUAUAGAAUUAACCGAAGCUUUACGUAGCCCAAACCCAGAAGAGUUUUGUUCAAAUCUCCCAAUUCAUCAAGAUGGUACAUGCAAUGGUUUACAACAUUAUGCUGCUUUAGGUGGCGAUGAAUUAGGUGCAAUCAAAGUUAAUUUAAUUCCAUCCGACAAACCACAGGAUGUCUACACUGGUGUUGCUGGUUUAGUUGCUGAAAUUGUCGAAAAAGAAGCUGAAGAAGGUAAUAAAUUUGCAAUUUUCUUCCGUGGAAGAAUCGAUAGAAAGUUAGUUAAACAAACUGUUAUGACUUCAGUAUAUGGUGUAACCUAUAUUGGUGCACGUGAACAAAUUCACUCCUCAUUAAAAGAAAAAUUAGACGAAGAAACAAAUCCACUCGAAAUCGAUGAUGAGUUUAUGUUUAGCGCAUCCUCCUAUAUUACAAAACAUACAUUUAGAGCUUUAAAUAAUAUGUUCUUUGGUGCACGUUCUAUUAUGGCCUGGUUAUCAGAGUGUGCCGUUUUAAUUGCAAAAUCAGGUCAUCCAGUCAAUUGGAUCACACCAUUAGGUCUCCCAGUAGUCCAACCAUACAGAAAGACCAGUAAAAACUCUGUUAAAAUUUUAGAAGGUGAAUUUUUACUUAUUAACGAUACCGAUAAACUUCAAGUAAAUACAUUAAAACAAAAAUCUGCUUUUCCACCCAAUUUCAUUCAUUCACUCGAUUCAACUCAUAUGUUUUUAACCGCCUUAGCCUGUGAUGAUGCCGGUAUUACCUAUUCAUCUGUACAUGACAGUUUUUGGACCCAUGCUUGUGAUGUAGAUAAAAUGAACGUUUUAAUUAGAGAUCAAUUUAUAGAGCUCCAUCAACAACCACUUUUACAAAGACUUUUAGAAUGGUUCAAAACUAAACACCCAACUAUCGAUUUCCCAAAAAUCCCUGAAAAAGGUAAUUUGGAUUUAACACAAGUUAAAAAUAGUAAAUAUUUUUUCCAUUAA